GGCCGAUUAUCCCUCAAUACAGUACAUUGCUUCAUAUUACACGAUACUCUCUCUACUACAAGUUAAUGGCUGAGUAAAGCAUCUGCAACAACCCCACAAAGUAGCAAAAUAAAAGCAGUCCUCACCCUUUACUCCACCACCACCACUUUUAGUUCCACUUUUCCCACUGUCCCAUAAAACCCAUCUUUAACUGGAACUAAUUCUUGCACCCUUUUUAGCCUGUGCAAACUGUUCUCUACUACGCCUUUCAGAAAUAGGGAGUAAAACUGCAGAUAGAAGCUCGAGGGGAUUUUCACGUUCAUGCCAUGUCAACCCAGCAGGGAGUGAAACUGCAGAUAGAAUCCGAUCAUGUGGUGCUGGACAAUGGGAUGCUCAAACUCACUAUAUCAAAGCCACAAGGGAUGGUGACUGGGAUUCAGUACAAUGGUGUCACUAAUUUGCUUGAAUCCAGGAAUGAUGAGAUUGAUAGAGGGUACUGGGAUCUUGUUUGGAGCAAAACAGGAAGUACAGGAACAAAAGGGAGUCAGGAAAGAAUUAGUGGGACAAGUUUUAGUGUGAUAGUGGAAAAUGAGGAACAAGUGGAAGUCUCAUUCAAAAGAACAUGGGAUCCUUCCCUUGAAGGCCAACUUCCUUCCCUCAUCAUAGACAAGAGGUUCAUAAUGCUGAAGAACUCGUCAGGAUUCUAUUCGUAUGGGAUAUUCGAGCACUUGGCUGAAUGGAGCCCUUUCAACCUCCCACAGGUCAGGAUUGUGUUCAAGCUCAGCAAAGACAAGUUCCAUUACAUGGCUGUGAGUGAUAACAGGCAGAGAUUCAUGCCACUGCCAGAUGACAGGUCAGAAAAGAGAUCCAAGCCACUUGCUUAUCCUGAAGCUGUGUUGCUUGUGAACCCAGUUGAGCCAGAAUUCAAAGGAGAGGUGGAUGACAAGUACCAAUACUCGUGCGAAAACAAAGAUUUGAAAGUCCAUGGCUGGAUUUGCUCCGAUCCCACAGUGGGAUUCUGGCAGAUCACUCCUAGCAAUGAGUUCAGAACUGGUGGAUUGGUGAAACAGAACCUCACUUCACAUGUUGGCCCAAUCAAUCUUGCUAUGUUUCUGAGUGCUCACUAUGCUGGUGAUGAAAUGGUCCUGAAACUCAAACCAGGGGAGCCCUGGAAGAAAGUACUUGGUCCUGUGUUUAUGCACCUAAACACUACUACCGACGGACGCGACCCACUUUCGCUGUGGGAGGAUGCUAAGCGGCAGAUGGCGGUUGAAGUUCAGAGCUGGCCUUACAGCUUCCCUGCUUCAGAAGAUUUUCCUAAAGCGGAACAACGUGGCCGCAUCAGUGGGAGAUUCUUAGUCCAUGACUGGUCAGGAAGUUCCAUUUUUUUCAUUUCCUGAAACAAAUAACAAAAACACUUGCAAAAGGGUUGUAUCAUGUAUUGCAGAAUUUCUAAGUAGUUGAAAAUGUUGCAAACUUCUAGGUGUGUCAGUGAAACUAGCAUUCCUGGAAAUGGUGGAUAUGUUGGAUUGGCACCACCUGGAGAGGUUGGAUCUUGGCAGACUGAUGGCAAGGGAUACCAGUUCUGGACACAGGCAGAUGAGCAAGGUUUGUUCUCGAUCGCCAACGUUCGGCCCGGGGAUUACAAUCUCUACGCCUAUAUCCCUGGUUUUCUCGGUGAUUACAAAUUUGGUUCUUCUGUCACCAUAGCACCAGGAAGUAGUAUGGACAUGGGGGAUGUUGUGUACGAACCUCCGAGACAUGGACCGACGCUGUGGGAAAUGGGUUACCCUGAUAGAACUGCAUCCGGAUUCUAUGUUCCUGAUGUUGAUCCCAAGUAUAUCAACAAGCUUUAUGUGAACCAUCCUGACAGGUUCAGACAAUACGGGUUGUGGGAUAGAUAUACAGAAUUGUACCCAGAUAAGGAUGUGGUUUAUACUGUUGGGAAGAGUGAUUGGGCCAAAGAUUGGUUCUAUGCCCAUAUUCCCAGAAGAACGAAGGAAGGCGAAUAUGUACCGACCACGUGGCAGAUCAAAUUCUACGUCGACAGCGUUGGCAAUACGAGCAGUAGCAAUGUGGGAGACUAUUUGCUUCGCGUCGCUGUUGCCACUGCCCAUGUUGCAGAACUGCAGGUUAGAAUCAACAACCAAGACAUGAGUAGCUCUCCAUUGUUCUCGACGGGAGUGAUUGGGCACGACAACACGAUAGGAAGACACGGAAUCCACGGGCUGUAUAGGCUGUACGAGGUUCUGGUCCCAGCUGCUCUACUUUCGAAAGGAGAGAACAUAUUCUACUUCACUCAGACGCAAACCAAGUCUCCUGCUACUGCCCCAUUUGAGGGGCCCUUCCAAGGGAUCAUGUACGAUUACAUUCGUCUGGAAGCACCUCCGAGCUCGCCUCAUUGUCUUUCUCUCGCAUGAUGGAAUUGGAAUUCACUGUCUAAUGUUCUGGGACAGUAUUCCAGAUGUGCUUGUUAAACGAGAUUUUAACUCGUUUACAUGUUAAGUGGACCAUAUGUUUGUAGGUUAAAGUGGACUUGUUAUGACAACUAUGAACUAUGUAAUCUAUACAUGUAUCCUAGUUUUUUUACCAUAUAUAUAUUAAUUAAUUUAUAUAUUUAA